GGACGUAAUACUUAAACUUGAGUUGUGAAGUUGUGUGUUAGACCUGGAGUAUCAUCAUCAUCAUUUGUUGGCUGAGGUGUGAUCAUGAGCGCGUGCGCGCGCGUUUGUAAUACUUUGUGCCCCUGUGGUAACAAAUGUAAUAUGUGCAGUUUAUUGUGAAUUUCAUUGUUGGUUUCCACAGCACGACUGCAGUAUUUACCUCGGUGGCAAUGUCAUAUUGCCGUGUGGCGGUGAUUGCUCAAGACAGUGAUAAUGAUGAUUGUUGUGUGAUGACACUGAGUGACUGAGUGAUGUUAAUAAGGGAGGAGGGAAUAUAGGUGCAGACAUGCAAGGGACGGCCAACUCUCAGUGUGUAGGUGAAAAUGAGAGCAUGAUGUUCUACCUGCAAGAUAGCAUCCCUCCUGCCCGCCCUCAACACCUGUCUCCCAGCCAUCACUGGCACCUGCCUCCCGCCUCUCUACCAGCCCACACCUUCCAUCCAGUGCCACAACAAGCACAAGUAUCUCCAGUACCACACACUCCUGCCCACGAUCACCGACACUACUUUACAAGCUCUCUCCAUGGUGAAGACGAUACUUACCAGUUUGACCCACUAGUAGAACAAUCAUACCUUCAUUCUGGAGCCAGGGAUAUCAGCAAUGCCAUUAUCCUGGGUGUUGAUGAUGUGGUGUUCGUGGAUAACAGCACUAGCAUGCACCCAACCUAUGAAAAUGUUUACGUACAAGCUGGGGGUUACUUGCUGGCCCAGAGUGAGGCAGUACAUUCUCAGCCACACCAGCAGACACAUGCACAACUCUCUCUCCCUGGCGCUGACCCUGAUCAUGUUCCUCACCACCAAGCUCAGGACACGCGAGAUGCAUCAGUGUGGUUUAACCCAGACUAUGGAACGUCUCUUGCUUUGCAGCAGACUGUCAUGGCAACACCAAGUUGCGGAGAGCAAAAUUGUCACAGUGUAGAAACUGUGGUUGACGAUUCACUGGCUGGAUUGGACAAUCCAUCCUUGCAACACACUGAGCACGCCACGAGUCAUAUUGACCGUCUUGCCCCAGCACUGGGAGACACUAUAGACGCUCACACUGACAAUACACAUGCACGCUUCGACGCUACAAGGUGCGAGCUGAACCAACAACUACAACCAUUUAGUAAAGGUUGUGUUUCACCCUCGAACACAUCCCUCGCCAGAAUGUUAAUGACAACAUUUAUUCCGGGUCAGCGACGCGCCUCAACUGACAGUGAACCAGAUGUAUCAGAACCGCUGUUAAGGAAGUCCUUGAGAGGACGAGCGAUAGCUGGUAGUGCAGUGUGUGUAGGGGAUUGUGAUAAAUCUAGGUCAAGUGAAGUAGAGGAUCAUGCUGGCCUGGGGAGUGAAGACGGAGAAGCAUCAGUAGACGAUGAGGAGGCACCUUUAGCUCGUCAAGAGACAAUUAUGGAGAGUAUAAGGGAGUACGACGAUAUCAGCAUCACUACACUGGUGACGAUGGACACCUCAACCCCCGUACAUACUCGCUCACAACACUCUCUUACAUCUGUCAAGUCUCAGCCAUCACUCGCCUCGCAAAAGUCACACCGCUCAUUCAGAUCAGAGAAGUCUGGGUGCUCACUGAAGUCACAGCAGUCACACAAGUGCCGGAGGUCAUGGGUGAGUGUAACCUUGCGAGGUUCAACACACACCUCCCCCGACACUUCUCUUGAACCCUUCAAGCUGAACUAUCACUCCAGCAACUCAGAUGAUGACUCCGGUGGUGGCGGGAGUGACGGUGAGGGCGGGAUUGGUGGUGGUGGUGGUGGCGGCGGUGGUGCUGGCGGCCCCGACCACCGCACCGUCUACAUCAACGAGCCACAGCCACACAAGUAUUGCACCAACGCUGUCUCUACUGCUAAGUACCGCUACAAGCUCCUCUUCUUCCUUCCCAUGUUCCUUUUCGAGCAGUUCAGACGCUACGCCAACGUCUUCUUCCUCAUUAUUGCUCUCCUCCAGCAAAUCCCUGGAGUUUCUCCGACUGGACGAUAUACAACACUGGUGCCACUAAUAUGCAUCCUGGUGGUCCUCUGCUCAAAGAAAAUUGCUGAGGACAUAAAACGUCAUAGAGCAGACGAUGAAUUAAAUAAACGUGAAAUUGAAGUUCUUAAAGAUGGUCAGUGGCAGUGGAUCAAGUGGCGACACAUUCAAGUUGGCGAUAUUGUUAAGGUCCAUAACAACAAGUUCUUCCCUGCAGAUCUGGUCUUAUUAGCAUCCAGUGAACCCCAGGCGCUAUGCUAUGUUGAAACUGCCAACCUAGAUGGCGAAACCAACCUGAAAAUUUGUCAAAGGCCCACCCAGACAGCGCACCUCUUGGAGGCUCGAGAUCUUAUGAAUUUAUCAGGCAAAGUUGAAUGUGAAGCACCUAAUAGAUUUCUUUUUACCAGUUACUGGCAACCUGAAGGAGCUAAAGCCAUUCCUUUGAGCCCAGACCAAGUGCUGCGUGGAGCUAAAUUACAAAAAACCAACUGGGUGUUUGGCCUGGUUGGGUAUACAGGACAUGAGACCCAAAUGAUGAAAAACUCUGCAACUUCAGCACCUCUUAACGUGGACAAGCAAACUAACAAUCUCAUCAUCCUACUGUUCUUCUUGCUGAUUGUUCUUUGCCUCAUCAUGGCUGUGUUUAACUCACAGUGGAAUGCUAACCUGCACUGGUAUCUCUCCCUUGAUGAUCUGAGUGUGUUCAACUUUGGCAUUAAUUUCAUCACAUUUAUCAUCCUCUUCAACAAUCUUAUUCCCAUCUCUCUCCAAGUGUCACUAGAAGUUGUAAGAUUUAUUCAGGCAGGGUUUAUCAACAAUGAUGUCAACAUGUAUUAUGAGGAGAACAACAUCUGGGCCAUGGCAAGAACAUCCAACUUGAAUGAGGAGUUGGGCAUGAUUAAGUAUGUUCUCUCUGACAAGACUGGAACACUGACCUGCAACAUCAUGGAGUUCAAGCGGUGUACCAUAGGUGGAACUGUAUACAGCAUGGAUGAUGGCAGUUGUCAGGAUUUGGUUGCUCUGGUAGAGAGUGGAAUAACAGGAGCAUCUGUAGCCAAGCAGUUCCUCACCAUGCUAGCAGUAUGCCAUACUGUCAUCCCUGACAGAGAUGACUCCCAUGGUGAUGGCACCAUCAUUUACCAUGCUGCAUCACCAGAUGAGAGAGCACUGGUUGAAGGCGCUCGAGAACUGGGCUUUGUGUUUGAGACGCGAACUCCUGAGUAUUGCAUCAUUGAUGUUCUUGGAGCCAAGGAGAAGUAUGAAAUCCUCAAUGUACUGGAGUUUACAUCCUCUCGCAAACGUAUGAGCGUUAUUGUCAAGACACCUCAAGGACAAAUAAAAUUAUAUUGUAAAGGUGCUGACACAGUAAUAUAUGAGCGUCUGGGUGACAGUCAACAGUUUCGUGACUUAACUGUGAGACAUCUGGAAGAAUUUGCAGCAGAAGGUCUGCGAACUCUGUGUUAUGCUGUUGCAGAUGUAUCACCUGCAUUUUAUGAGGAGUGGAAAAAUACUUAUUAUAAAGCAAGUACAGCCCUUCAGUUUAGAGAAAGAAAAAUAGAAGAUGCGGCUCAACUCAUAGAAAACAAUCUUACUUUAUUAGGUGCGACAGCGAUAGAAGAUAAGCUUCAGGACGAGGUUCCAGAGACUAUAGCAUCUCUCCUCAAGGCAGGAAUCCAUGUAUGGGUCCUCACUGGAGACAAGCAGGAGACCGCUAUUAAUAUUGGUCACUCAUGCCACCUCUUGAACCAAGGCAUGCCUCUCCUUAUACUCAACACUGAGUCAUUAGAUGAAACUCGGGAGGCAGUUAACCGUCACGUGGUGGAAUUUGGUGAACAUCUGAAAAGAGAGAAUGAGGCGGCUCUUAUUAUUGAUGGAAAGACACUCAUGUAUGCCCUCACACCAGAUUUACGCAAGGACUUCCUAGAUUUAUGUAUAUCUUGCAAGAGUGUCAUAUGUUGCAGAGUGUCUCCAAGUCAAAAAGCUGAAGUAGUUGAAUUAUUAACACGUGAGACUGGCUCAGUCACACUUGCUAUUGGUGAUGGAGCCAAUGAUGUGGCUAUGAUUCAGAAAGCCAAUGUUGGUGUUGGCAUUGCUGGAUUAGAAGGACUUCAAGCUGCAUGUGCAUCAGAUUAUGCUAUUGGCCAGUUUCGCUUCCUGGCCAGAUUACUGUUCGUACAUGGAGCUUGGAACUAUAGCCGGCUCUGUAAAGUUAUCCUAUAUAGCUUUUACAAGAAUAUUUGUCUGUAUGUUAUUGAGCUGUGGUGGGCAGCCAUGUCUGGCUGGUCGGGUCAAGUCUUGUUUGAACGCUGGAGUAUAGCCAUGUAUAAUGUGCUGUUCACAGCAGCACCACCUCUAGUUAUGGGAAUAUUCGACCGGUCGUGUAGUGCUGAGACAAGAAUGAGGUACCCAGAAUUGUACCAGGAAUCACAGAGUGGAUCACAUUUUAAUUGGAAGGUGUUUGUGUGGUGGGUAUGGCUAGCGCUGGUGCACUCCGUCUUGGUAUUUGUUCUACCCUACCUCUCCAUGACUCAAGACGUUGCCUGGGGUCAUGGUCGUGUAGGAGGUUACCUCAUGACGGGAAAUAUGGUGUAUACUUAUGUAGUCAUUACCGUCUGCCUUAAAGCAGGUCUGGAGACCGAUGCCUGGACUUGGGUCACACACCUUGCCAUCUGGGGCUCAAUUGCUUCUUGGUUCAUUUUUCUGCUGGUGUAUUCAAAUUUUUGGCCCAUAUUGCCCAUGGCUCCUGAUAUGUGUGGCAUUUAUCUGCAGGUAUAUUCCUCACCAGUGUUUUGGUUUGGAGUGAUCCUGAUACCACUGUCUUGCCUGCUGCCAGAUAUUGUAGUAAAAACUGUACAUAACUCAGUGUGUAAGAGUUUAACAGAACAAGUGCGUGAGAGUGAGAUUAGCAACAAGGAUGUUUCCAAAGUUCUAGACACCAAGCACAGAUGGUUAUGCAUUUUCCCAAGAGGAGCAUGGAGUAAUGGGUCAGUCAGAAGUGAUUCGAGCAUAUGACACAACACAGCCCAAGCCAGGUGGUAUGUAAGAUUUUCCCAGAAGUGUGAAUAAUCUCCUGCCAGUGAAGUUGUAUUCCUUAGCACUAGUGAUGGCACAUAGAGCACACAGUCAUGGGCAGGUUACAUCAGAGGACAACUACAUCAAUGCUUCUUUGCACCCACAGUAUACAUUAUGUUCAUUUUAAAUAUUAAGCAUAAAUUGUCUUUGAAGUAGAUUUUUGUAAUUUUGCAGUCUGGGAUUCCUUCAUGCAAAACUGUUCAGAUCUGUUCUAGUCAAUUAACUUAGGUAUAAUCCACAAGUAUUAAGUAGCAUUAUAGAGUGGCAUAAAGUUACUUAUAUAAAUGUAUGUAUCACUACAAGCAAUUUCUUUUCAUUAUGCUAGUGUUUAUUUAUUAUUAAUGUUAUAGCCUCUGUUUCAGCAUAUGUACUUGACUUGUUGAUACUGCAUUGUUAGCCAGUGAAAUAGUCUCUAUUUUGAAACUGAAAGACUACAUUUUAUUUACUUUCAUUUUCUGAACAUUUAAUGCCAUAUGUGGGGAAAAUGUUGCUCUACAUAGCCUAAAAUAUAGCCUUAAUACAAUACAUUUACUCCAGUACUUUCUAACUUUUUUAAAUUUGAAUUUCAAUCCUUUCAUGCUCUCUUACAGGUAAUGUUGUAUUUUGAGUCAGCAGUGGAACCUGUAUAAUUUAUAUACAAGUAAUAUAAUAAUUUUUAAUUUGGAAUAACAGUAAGUAAACUUUGACUGUAGUGAUUUUUUCCUAAUGAAAAAGGAGAUUAACAUAUUAAUGGGUUACAUAUAAAUGACAGAGCACUCCAUCCUUAAAUAUAACGACAAGUGGGACUUAUUUUUUUUUUUUCUUACUCAUGAAUGAUCCUUAAGUGUGAAACUUUCCAGCUAGUUAAAUGGAUAAAAAGUCAUGUAAGAACCUUGACUCUCAAACACUAUCAUGUUUAAGAACAACCAGUUAGAGAAAAUUUUUCAUUCCCAAUAUCAUUACAAGUGUUUUGUAGAAAUAAUCAAAAAAUUUUUGAUUAUGGAAUACAACACUAUCAUAUGUGAACUAUUUUACUCACAGGAAAGUACAGAACAUAUAGUAGGGGGUCAUACAAAGUUUAGCAUGUGUGAAGCUUACUGUACGCCAUUAAACCUCACCACUGAAAAUAAGUUGGUCAUUUUACAAUUGGUAAUGUGUACGUAUGGGCCAUGCACCUGCUGCCAUAUCAUAUGAUGAAGCCAUUACCAUAAACACACAUUAAAAUAUAACAGGAAUAGUAUAAAUUAUAAAUCUUCAAAAAUCUUCACUAUGGGGCAGAAUUAUAAUCUUGGAGCAUUGAAAAAGACAAAAGAAUGUUAUAUCAAUAGUUAUUAUUAUUAUAAUGAUAAUAAUAAAUCACAGAAAGGUUAAACCUACUUAUUUCAUAAAGUUUAGUAUUGUAUUAUCAAAAAUUUUCAGUUUUUAGGAACCCACCAUUAGUGGCAUUUAUUAUGUUCCAGAUAUUACCUUUUCCCCAAUAAUGUAAUGCAUGAAGUGGAAAAAUUGAGAGAAUUCGUAAAAAGAACAAUGAAAGGAAGUUGUAGUCUUAUUCUCGGUAAUAUUUCAGAAAUUCAUUGUUGAUAGUACAGUGUGUUGCUUAAUUGAUUCUGUACAUUAUUACAUGACUAUUACAUCAGUUUUACUUAGAUUGAAAUGCUAGCAUUAAUUUUGUAUUUCAAGAUCAUUAUUAUAUUAUUAUUACAGUGGUCCCUUGAGUUAUGAUGGGCUUGAGUUACAAUAUUCCCUUAGGAGUGCCAGUGGGGGUGGCUUAGCAGCCAAUCAGCAAUGGGAAUGUAUGUCUCUAUGGAUGCAUCUCAGCCAGUAGCAGCAAUUGCACUACAGUUUAUUGUUACCACAUGCAUUGCUUGCACCAACUCUGGAUUAUUUAUUUGCACCAUCUUUUGUGUUAUCAAGUCAUCUUGGCCCCUAAAGUGGACAGUACCUAUUCAAUUAAUCUGAAGAUCAAGCAAGUAAUUGUGAAAAAACAUGAGUUCGAAUUAGUGCAUUGGUGCAUGAGUAUGGCUUUUGCAAUCAACUAUCUCUACUUUUAUCAAGCAAAUAAAAAUAAUAAAGAAUAUUUAAAUGACUCAUAAAAUUCAGGAGUUGUUUACUUGUAUGAAAAGAAUCAUAGGAAAGCACCAAGACAAAACUGAACUCACAUUCUAUGUUUUUGAAAAUAUUGUUUCAUCUUAUUUUGAGAGCUUCAGAAGAAAGUGACAAAAACAGACAACUCUUCACAGUUUUUUUUUAAGAGAAACAGUUGGAAGGAGCUUCUUCCAGCCAGUAACCUCUUCCCCACAACCACACUAACAAGUCAUCAAGUCCAAGGUAAUCAAAGUUGCACUUCUGGGGUCUUGGAAUGAAUUACCAUAAAAUCACGUAGAAAGAACAUAAAGGCACAAUAGCACGUAGUGUAUACAACCAUGUAUUUUCAAGUUUGAGUCACGAUAGUUUUGAGGUACUAUACCUCUUCUGGAACUGAUUAAUAUCAUAAGGGACCACUGUAUUAUUAUAAUAAUAAUUUGCAUGGUAAAAUUGUAAGUUUAUGAAGGUCUUACAGUGUCAGGGGAAUGGGAGGUACAUAAUCAGGUUUGGGCUAAGAAUGGGGAGAGUAGCUGUAAUUCCUUGAAUCAAGAGCCCUUCAUUAGCAUCAAGACACCCCUAAUGAUGGAAUUUUGUUUUAAAGAGAAAGUUUUGUGUGAUGUGUUAUAUUAAGGUCAAAAUGGCACUUAUGUGCACUGUGUAAAGUCUUAUAGUGAGUCCAGGAACCAUUAAUAAAAUCCUUGGAGAUUCAUAGACCUAAUCAUAUGAAGAAGACUAUGAAAUUUUUUGAUCUAGCUGCCUAUUUGCCAAAGCUAGAGAUUAGUCCUGAACUUCACAUUUUUCACUGUUUGUAUGGAAUAAAUGUUGCUUCUGAUGGCAGACUGUAAUGUGAGGAGGAGCAUUGUUCACUUAGAUUAUGUUGAUGUUGUAGUUAAGUUUGUAAAGUCUAAUAUUUGACUAGUGCUUCCUGGGCUUCUGAUGAAGGUGAUCCUGGGGGCAUAUGCAUAUUAUAAAAGAUGAGUUAAGUUCAAGGAUAAUGACACAAAUGAUGAUUCUGGUUGACUUAAUCUGUGAUACACUGAUGAAUUUCAAUAGACUUUACAUAUAUUGUUGUUAAUGCAGAGCAUGUAGACUCUUCUAGGUGUUCAUAUGACAUUAGUCUCCUGUGUGGUAUGUUGUAUAAGAUCGACUCAGUGGGACUUUAACACUUAAUGAUCAGAAUGAUUGAUGUUUGUAAUGAAAAUAUUUGUGCUUGCAUUUUAAUCCAAAGAAUGAGACGUGUUGAUGUCUUGUAUUGCUGUGCUGUGUUCUGAGAGUUAAGAGAGUAAGUCAUAGACAAGAUGCCAGCAAAAAAUGUCACUGGUUAUCACUGAAGAGAUAUGUAUGAAAUUUAGCAGUACUUAACUGUACUGUAUUGUACUAUAAUAUACAGCACUAUAUUGUACUAUGUAAUGUACUCUGUACUUUAAUGUACUGUACUCUCCCACAUAAAAUUUGUUUGACGUUUUUCACAAUAAAUCUGGGAAAAUAGCUUAUAUCAUUAUAAAAAUAAGACUUUCCAAGAAGUUAAUCCUGAUCAGAGAGUAUGUCAAAUUGAAAUUAACACUGGUGGAAGAUGUCAGAGAAAUAAACCAGUAUUUUUAAGAAAGUACAGAAGAAAAAUUUGUCUUUAAAAAUAGGAGUUUACCCAGAUAAAUUGUCAUCAUGGAGAUGCGAUAGAAGCCAAAUAAAUCUGCUACAUACUGUUCCAAAAAGUAUUACAUGUUUUCUCAUACUUGUUUACUAAAUCUGCUGUCUUGAAAUAGUUUACAAAUGGUGUAAAGGCAAAGCAAAAAUGGUGUGUCACAGGUAUGGUGUAGUAAACAGCAAGGUAUCCAAAUUUAGUCCUGGAUGUCCUAUUCAUUAUAUUCACUCUAGAUUUGCCUUCAUAAGUUUCAGUUACCCACCACAUGGCUUUCUAAUCUGUUUUGACUUGAAUUAUGUGUAGUACAGUUUGUGCACUUGAAACAAUUUGUAAUGUAUAUAAAAAUUCUGACUUUUGCUUUAUGAAAAUACAAAUAAAUCUUUGGUUACAAAUUAAAAGACUGCACAUGAUGAGUGACAAGCAUCAGACAGAUGGGCUUGUGGCAACCAUUGUUGUUGUAACAGUAGUCAGAGAUGGCAACCAGUAUUGUUGUAACAGUAGUCAGGGAUGGCAGUACUGUUGAAGCAGCAGACUGCACAGCAGUCAGGAAUAACAAGUAGAGGAUACAUCAGGCUGUAAGAAAGUAUUGACAAAGUGAGCUUGUUAGUUUUGUCAUGAUCACUAUCUGUGUUACUCCUCUCACUGUCUCUUUCCCUGUCACAUGCUCUCUUCUAUUUUGUUACAUUUAAUUGCUCUUCAGGGGCUACCUGGAGAGGGUUUCAGGGGUCACUGCCCCCAUGGCCUGGUCUGUGACCAGGCCUCAUGGUGGAUCAAGGCCUGAUCAACCAGGCUGUUACUGUUGGCCGCAUGCAAGCCAAUGUACGAACCACAGCCCAGCUGGGCAGGUACUGACUUUAAGUGCCUGUCCAGUGCCUUCUUGAAGAUAGCCAGGGGUCUAUAUAUAUGCUGGGAGGCAGUUGAGCAGUCUUAGGCCCCUGACACUUGUUGUCUCUUAUCAUGCUAGUGGAGUCCCUGCUUUUCAUUGGGGGAUGCUGCAUCAUCUGAGUCUUUUGCUUUCAUAGGGAAGUUUACUACUAAUCCCUCUAGGAUUUUCCAAGUGUAUAUAAUCAUGUAUCUCUCCUGCCUGCAUUCUAGGGAGUACAGGUUGAGGAACAUCAAGUGUUCCCAGUAAUUGAGGAGUUUUAUCACAGUUAUGUGUGCCAUGAAGGUUCUCUGUAGAUUUUCUAGGUCAGCAAUUUCACCUGCCUUGAAAGGUGAUGUGCAGCAAUAUUCCAGCCUAGAUAGAAGAAGCGACUUGAAGAGUGUCAUCAUGGGCUUAGCAUCCCUAGUUUUGAAGAUUCUCAUUAUCCAUCCUGUCAUUUUUCUAACAGAUGCAAUUGAUACAAUGUUGUGAUCUUUGAAAGCGAGAUCCUCUGACAUUAUCACUCCCAGGUUUUUCACUCUGUUGUGUGGUUGGAAUUUUUUUUAUACUCCGAUAUAAUUUUAAUUUCCUCAUGCUUUCCAUAUCAGAGUAUGAAAUUUCUCAUCAUUAAACUUGACAUUGUUUUCUGCGGCCCGUUUAAAGAUCUGGUUGAUGUCCACCUGGAGUCUUGCAGUGUCUUCAGUGGAGGACACUGUCAUGCAAAUUCAGGUGUCAUCUGCAAAGGAAGACAUGGUGCUGUGGCUUACAUCCCUGUCUAUGUCAGAUAUGAAGAUGAGGAACAGGAUGGGAGAACAAAGGUUAGAUCAGAUGGUUAGCUCAAAGUUCCUACACUUAUUUUACUAAGAGCUAUUAUCUUCAGUAAGCUUAUUUUAAAGCCUGGCUCUAUCUAGCUUUCCUAAAAGGACAGGUUCAGCUUGCCUUGUUGAGGCAAGAAAUGAGUAAUCUUGUAAAGUUCUCUGCCUUGUCUAAUACUCGAAAUAAUGAAGGGCUUGGUAUUAAGCAGUCCAAUAGAAUGGCACUUAAAUAAUAUGCACUUCAACAUUUGGAGUCUUGGCUGCAUUUCUUGCUAGAUUCACCACAUGAUCCUCCAUAUACAUACAGCGGAACCUCAAAAAUCGAACUUUCUUCGGUCCAGAAGGCUGUUCGAGUGCCACUACCGAACGAAUUUAUUCCCAUCAGGAAUAAUGUAAAUUAGAUUAGUCCAUUUAAGACCCUCAAAAAUGCACUUAUAAAAGCACUUACAAAAAUACACUUACAUAAUUGGUCGAGUUGGGAGCAGUUCGAUUUUUGAGGUUCCACUGUAUUUCAGUUACAUUUCACUCUUAUUAUCUUCAUAGGUGGUAAAAUAAAUUCCUAUUUAUUCUUAUACCCACUUCAGUAAUGUUGUACUGUAAUAUCAUGCUGUCUAGACAGCAUUUUCAUUUGUGUUUUUCAUUAGCAAGUAUAACCUGUCAGCACUUGCCUCAGGCAAAUAAAGUUGUGCCUGAGAACAGUAAGCAGUGCUACUAUGUCAGUAAAUGUUAAAGUGCAGUCAUCUGUAUGAGUAUGGGAGUUGGUCAUUGAAGCAAGCAUCCUAAAGCAAUGAACUGUAUUCUACUGGCACUGAUUGAGUACCUUACAGGCACUGCACUAUUAAUCAAGAUCUACCCAAAGAAUAAAAAGGCACAAUAAUAUGACUGCAACAAUAGACAACCCACACUUAGGAGACUGAAACUUAUGUUUCAGUCAGACUUAGACCAUUAACUAGGCGCUGGGAAGUGCGAAGGUAAGGGAGCCAGAAUUUACUACUCCCUCCUCCAAUUCUACCACUUCUGCCCCUUGCUAUUCUCUCUUAUAUAUUCUGGUUCCUUUACUUUCGUGCUUCCCUGUGUGACUAGUUAUUGAUCCAAGUCAGACCAAUGUCAUCAUAAGCUUGUUUACCAAGCGUGGGUUAUUUGUUUACCCAAAGAAAUCGACUCCCUCCCUCCCUCUUGAAGGGUUUUCUGCUGUCUCAUUUGUGUCUCCAAUUUCUUAUUUUGCCUAUGUAAUUGCUGAGCUGAAAACAUGAGAAUCUAUGGUUUUGCAUUGUCAACUGAUACAUGUUUCUGAUGAAAAAAGUUUUCUCAGUUUAUAAUACUUUUGGCAUUUCUGGAGAAACAUUCACUUCAUCACACAACUGUUUUAUCAGAACAGUGCCAAGAAACCAUAAUGUUGGGAUACCAUGCUCUUUACUAUACAUAUUAAGUGUUUCAGAUAGUAAGGUAAACCCAACAUAUGAGCUAUGCUAAUAAAUGCCUUAAAAUGUUUUUUAUGUAAAAAAUAUACUUAGAAGCAUUGUUAUGAAUUUCUAUUAUUUUUUACCAACAUAGUGCUGUGAUUUUUUUUAGCAUAGUUAUAAUGUUGAGUUUACCCUUACCACCCACAACUCCUUAUACAGCCUUCACUAAUGGUAAUCUGGGGGCUUGACCUUUGUACUGGGUUCAGAGAAGCUAAAUUAUUUAACAUUUUCUACCCAGAAUCCUUUUGUAUGCAGUACUCAAUAAGACUGAGCUGGAGAGUCUUAAAUAUAGUCAAUGCAACUGUCUGUGAAGAUAAUGUUAUACCUCCCAUCACUCCUGGAUAAUCAACUGUAAUUAUAUUAUCUGAUCAAAUUUAUAAGAAAAGUUAGCUUUAGUCUGAUACUAUUCAGAAAUUAUUUUCUUUGCUUUUUAGAAAUGCAGUUUACUCAAAUCCAUUAAAUAAAAACACAAAUUUAUUUUAAGUGAAGCAACACUUGGUUAAUUCUCAACAUUCUUGUACAAGCUGCGACUCUCCUCAGCAUCAUGCUCUGUACCCUAGACUUUUAGUAUGACUUGGCACUAUAAGUAAUUAAUUAUUCUUUAUUCAACCACUGGCAUUGUACAUUAAUUUCUUAUUGUUAGAGAUAUAACCUAGUGCAGAGAAAAAUAGUUUAAUAAUGUAUAACAGUAUAUGUUUAUAUAUGGGUAUAU